UCUAAGCGAAUUUUUGAUUUACAAACAUCUAAUAUUUACAAAACCAGAAAAUAUGAUUCCAGCUUGUAAAAGCGAUGAGACAGAGCUAGGCUUCUUGGCCAACAAAAAUAAUGAUGGACUUCAAACAAAACAAACCAAAAAGUUAAAAAACAAUACGUCAAAAGUGAAACCGCCAACAGUGGAGGAGAUUAAAGAGCUUAAUGAAACACGCAACCUCUUUCACUCAAAUUUAUUCAGGCUACAGGUUAAAGAAAUGUUGAGCGAAGUUAGUCUAAAGCCGAAAUACACUAACUAUAUUGAAGCCUGGUUAGAGACGUUCAAAACCGCGGUACAAAAACUUGAAAGCGGGCUUUUGGAUACAUGCCAAAUGGAGGUACCGCUGCACUUGUGUAAGAAGCCGUUAAACUUUCAAUUCUUGACGCCCAGAAAGCCACCUGUAUUAAUGGGCGCUGCGUCCACCAACACAUUAAUAGGACCCAAAAUUGUGUUAGACGUCGCGUUGGAAAUGCCACCUGAAUGCUUUCAAAAAGAUGAUUGUCUUAACUUAGUACAUGAUCAGAAGCGAGCUCUUUAUCUAGCUUCGGUGGCCAGCAAACUAAAAGAGCUGCCCAUUUACAUGGAUGCACACUUCUGUUACAAUUACUAUGCAAAUAAUCCGCUAAAGCCAAUAAUUGAGCUGACUCCAGACAACAAAUUUGGCAAGCGGUUGCUAAUACGUCUCUUUAUAACGGCACCGCUGCAAGUAUAUAAACUGAACCGCUUUGUUCCUUGGAACAACAAUAUUAGACCCUCUGUGUUUGGCGGCAAGUUGAAUGAAAAUGACUGCCUGCCCUCUACUCAGCACUAUAAUAGUAGUGUGCUCUUCGAUCUUACACAAACAGAAACCCAAAAGAUGUUAAGCGAAUUGUUCAAAGACCGUCCGAACUUCCAAGAAGGAUUGAUACUGCUUAAGAUAUGGCUGCGUCAAAGACAACUGGAUGUCGGUUUUAGCGGGUUUAGCGCCCACAUCCUAGCUUCCUACAUUGUGUAUUUAAAUAAAGAACGCUUGCUUAAUAAGACCAGCAGUAGCUAUCAGGUAGCACGUACAGUUUGGAACCAGUUGGCCAGCAGCGACUGGACACAGGGUAUCUCAUUAUGUCCGCAGCAGCCUCAUCCUUUGACUACCCUAAGAACCUACUUUGAUGUUUGCUUCAUGGAUGUCACCGGCUAUUACAACUUGUGUGCAAAUCUUUCUAUUGCUAUAUAUGAAGCUGUUCGUGGUGAAGCUAAGCUAACUGUAGAUUUACUGAACGAUGUGAAGAUAAAUAGUUUUACACAUAUUUUCAUGCAGAAAAUACCACUUUACACACGCACGGACCACAUACUUAAAAUCACAGAUCAUGAUUGUGUGGCACAGUUGUUACAGCUCCAUACGCAGCCACAAACUAUGUAUGAUUAUGCAGGUUAUGCCUAUCCUCAACUACUGAAGUUGCUCACUGAGAUACUUAAAAAGGGGCUUGGAAAACGAGUGCGCUCCAUUAUGCCACUUGAGGUACCUUCAAGCGCUUGGCCAGUGUAUACCAAGGCUCCAGUGAUUGGAUGUAGUAUAAUUUUGGCACUUAUGCUUGAUCCAAACCAUGCUUACGAAGUUCUAGACAAGGGACCAGCAGCCAACGAAGAUAAACAUGCUGUGACUGAAUUUAGAAAGUUCUGGGGCGAAAAAUCCAGCUUACGUCGUUUUCAAGACGGUAGCAUAACUGAAGCUGUAGUGUGGGCCUCAGCUACUGAUUCACCUAGUCAAAAACGUUUAAUAGUGCGCCAGAUUGUAAUGUGGUUGCUUGAGAAUCAUCUGCAAGUUGAGCCAAAAAACGUUUAUUACAUAGCUGGCGAAUUGGACAUUGUAUUUAAGCUAACGCCUUCAUUUAAGUUGGAUAAGGUACAAACAAAACUAGAGGUGCAGCAGAAUACAGACGCUGAGGCAUUGACACCGCACUUAAUCCACUGCUUUGAUGCCUUAUCCCGCCAAUUGUAUAGCUUGAAGGGUCUACCUCUAGAUAUAGUCUCAAUAUCUGGCAUCUCAGCCGCUUUCCGGUACUGUGAGCCGCAGCCAAUAUUGCCACAAUCACGCCCCAUUGGUAAACACUUGCAUGCUAUCCAUGUGCAUCACGCCAUCAUUCAGCUGAGCUCCAGCGGAAAGUGGCCUAAUGAGCUUGGUGCUCUGCGCGCCCUAAAAACCGCCUUACUGAUUAAAAUCGGCCAACAGCUGAAAGCGCAGCAUCUGCAUUGUCAGCUAUGCAAUGAGGGCCUAAUGGUGGUUAAACAAGGCUACUGUUAUCUGCUUGAACUUGCGCACAGUAAGGAGCUGACUCUGCUCAAGCAACUUCAGACAGAGCAUGGCAUUCCUAAACAUGUUAACAACCAAGAAAGUCGUGAGCUCAUGCGUCGCCACUACGUGCUUCCCAGAGUGAAUGGAGCACUCCAUGCAUUGCAUCAAAAACAUGGCGCUUAUGGACCCACUGUUCUCAUUGCCAAGCGCUGGCUAGCAUCUCAAUUAUUGGACGAUGGUCUAUGGCCGCCAAUGGCAACAGAGCUUCUCGUGGCCUACCUAUAUUUGCAGGGGCAGAUACCUCACACAACUGUCUCGCCCCAAACUGGUUUCGUACGCUUCCUCCACCUGCUCUCCUACAGCAAUUGGAAGAGCGAACUAUUUUUACUGAACUUUGAUAAUAAUUGGCCUGAUCAACAUAUGGCUGACUUGGAGAUUGAUUUCUGUAACGACCGCCAGAGUUAUCCAUCGCUGUGUGUGGUAACUGCCUACGAUCAGCAUCAUGCCGGACACUUGUGGACGAACGAUAAUUGGCCUAACAAAUCAGUUUUGGGUCGCAUUACUCUGCUAGCUGCACACGCGCUAAAACUCAUCGAAAGCAGUCUAUAUUCGGAUGCAAUUGGAUUUGUGCGUCCAGCACAACUGUUCAAAGCAUCCAAUGAUGGGUACGACUUGGUUAUUCAGCUUAAGCCAGAAAUGUUGUCAAGCACGUUAUGUUAUGAGCAUGGUUCGCCAUUUCUAUCUAACAGUCAGCGCAAUUUCCGACUACCGCUUGCGAACUGUUAUCAACUAUCGCAGAUUGUAAAAAAAUUAAGGUCUGCCUAUUCGGAUUAUGCGGCCUUUUUUUACAAUCCACACGGUGGCAAAGAACUGGCUAUUGUCUGGCGUCCUGUGACUGAUUUUGCUCCUAAAGUUUUUAAGGUCAACGAGCUGCAUGCUUGUGUACCCUUUACUGACACUAAACAAGUUCAAGUGAAAAGGGAAACGUUGUUGGAGGACUUUAAGCUACUGCUUAAGGAUUUCUAUCUCCGUGUCUGCACAUUAGAAGAACUAGCGCUUGAGAACAGGCAUCACAAGCGCUAUUUCAGCCAAAGCAAACAAAUAAUCAAAUCUGACGUACCAUCGAAAAAAAAAAAAAUGGGUGUGUUAUUGUGUAGUAAAUCAACAAAAGCACAAAAAGGAAUUUUUUAAGGUGUUCUUUUGAA